GAGCGUCUUGCUUCGCUAAUGGAGGAGAAUACCGACCUCGCAAGAGGAAUAUGUCAUAAAGCUGUCGCGAAACCACGUUGGGAAAAAAUUACUCAGGAGCUGAACUCAUUAGGACCACCAACACGAUCAUCAGAUGCAUGGCAACGAGUUUGGAACGAUUUAAAAUAUAAAACAAAGAAAAACAGCGCUCACAUCCACGCAGAGAAUUUAGCAACUGGAGGUGGGCCAAAUAACACAGUUCCACUCUCAAAUCUGGAAGAGACGGUGAACAGGCUAAUGAGCUACACCACUUACAACAAUCCGCCAGGCGAAGAAUUUGGAAUAGAAAAUAAUGACGAUAAUGAGUCCGUUACGGAAGUGGAAAUAUAUUCAGACCACGAUAUCCCAGGGCCUUCGCGAGAGCAUGGCCGAAAUAGCAGCUCUAACCCUAAAAGGAGAGAAGAAAAACAAAUUGCACUCCUUGAGCGGCAGACGGAUCAGCAGGCUGAAUUUCAAAAGGAAACUUUGGCCACACUAAAAGAGAUGAAACAAAGCCUUUCAAAUAUUGAAGUAUACACAAAAAAAACUUACUAUAUAAAAAAAGAUAAAUUCGCUAUUUAUAAGCAGGAAAUGGAAAGUAAGAGAAGAGAUAGGAAAGCGAAGUUAGAACUCAAGAAAAAACUUCUUGAGAUCAAACAGAAUAUGUACAAAAAUUAUUAGUUUUAAGUAUGUAAAUAUGUAAAUUUAUAAAGUGUAGUGUAGUGGACUGAAUUUUUUAAUUUGAUACAUUUACUAUUAACUACGAAUGUGAUUUUAUGAAAAAUAAGUGAAUUUUAGUUUGUUUAAGUAAGUUUAGAAAAUAUAGUGGACUGAAUUCUUUAAGUAGAUACAUUUACUAUUAACUACGAAUGUGAUUUUAUGAAAAAAAAGUGAAUUUUAGUUUGUUUAAGUAAGUUUAGAAAAUAUAGUGGACUGAAUUCUUUAAGUAGAUACAUUUACUUUUAAGCUACGAAUGUGAUCUUAUUUUAUAUUAAAAAACAAUGGAUUUGAGUUUGUACCUGAAGCAAGAAGCUUUAUUAUUUUUUGAUAAAAACCUAAAGAAAUAAAGUAAAAAUCAAUGCAAACAAGACAGUACAUUUCUUCUCAUUUCUUCUGCAGCUUGUCGCA